CGUAGAAUCGGUAAUAAGGAAGACACAACACAAGCUCGCCUCUCUUUCGGUUUCUCUCGCUCGCUCGCUCUCCAGCAGUAGCAGAUCUGGGUUUUGAAGACUUCAAAGGAAGAAGAUUACUCCGUUACCAGUUUCGUAAUCGUGUGGAUGGAUCCGCAGACGCAGAACACUUCGUUGCAGCGACUCCAGAAUGUCGAGAAUAGAGUUGUUAAGGUAUUGGAACUAGCUGGAGGAGUGAUGGAAGAGCUCGCGAGCCCUUCUGGACCCAAGAAAGAGUUCGUCAACAGCCAUUGCCGAGAGUUUAUGCAAUCUAUGAAGGAUAUUCAAGUGACACUAAGGGAAGAGAUCAAAAGCGCUUGCGAGUACCGUCCCUUUGAGAAAUGCGAUUACAACGCUAGAAUAGCUAAUGAGAUCUGCUUCCAGAAGCUUGAAUAUGUUCUCACGCAGCUUGAUGAUCUGAAACAAACUGCUGACCGGUAUAUUUCUUCUGAUUGAGUUCGCAACUCUAGGCAGAUUUUUUUCUCUCAUGUUUGUGGGAUUUUACAAGUUGUCUCUGUCUUCCUUGGGAUUGAUAUUCGCAAAAGGCUUACUUGAAGAAUUAUGCUAAACCAUUGUAAAAAAAAAGAAAAAAAAGGUGUAUUUGGUUAGAAUAUCUGCAAUGAAUUAGCAAGAGAGAACCGGACCAAUUUUAUUGCA